AUGUCUUCUAGACCUUCCAACGAGCGACCAUGUUCCGAUGCUUCUUCCGCCUCAGCCUCCGAGCGCCCCCCCGCGACUCAGUCUACUACUCCCGCGCCAGAUGGCCUCGUUCCAAAGAAGAAGAAGAAGCGCGCUGCCGUUGUCGGUCUUGGCAUGGUCGGCAUCUCCUUUGUUGAAAAGCUUCUCAAACACGAUCUCCGAAGCGGUUGCGACGAGUGGGAGGUGACAGUUUUCGGCGAAGAAGCCCACGUCGCUUAUAACCGUGUCGGUCUCACACAAUACUUUACAAACCGCUCCGUAGAGGACCUGUAUCUCAACCCGGUUGAAUGGUAUUUGUCCCACGCCGAUGGGAAACUUACCCAUCACACCUCGAGUCCAGUCGUGUCCAUCGACGCCGACGCCAGAUCUCUCACCACAGCCGAGGGCCUCGAGUAUUCGUACAACGAGUGCAUCCUCGCCACCGGCUCUGUUGCUGCUUUGCCACCUUACCUCUCCGAAGAACGGUUCUUCCAGACAAAGGGUUCCUUCGUCUACAGGACCAUCAAAGACCUUGAUGGCAUCAUGGCAUAUGCUGUCGGCGCCCCUAACACACUCGGACACGGCAUUCGCAAAGCAGCCGUCAUUGGGGGUGGCCUACUCGGUCUUGAAGCAGCCAAAGCUCUUCUCGACUUGGACGGGGUAGAUCGGGUUAUCCUGGUUGAGCGCAAUCGUUGGGUUCUCAGCCGUCAGCUCGACCGGGAAGGCGGCUUGUUGGUCCUGGACAAAGUAAACGCACUCGGAGCCGAGGUGCUCCUUGAGGCGCGGGUGCGAGAUAUACUUUGCAACGACGACGGGGUGCUCACUGGUCUCCUCCUCCAAGGAAAGGACGAACAGCCCGACCAGCCGUACGACAUUGACAUGCUCGUCUUUGCCAUCGGCAUCAACCCUCGAGACGAACUGGCCAAAACCACUCCUCUCGCCGUUUCCAAGCGUGGUGGCGGCUUCAUCGUCGACGGUCAACUCCGCACGAACCUGCCCAACAUAUAUGCCAUCGGGGAGUGUGCCAACUUUCUCGGCCAGACUUUCGGUUUGAUCGCUCCGGGUGUCGAAAUGGCCGAAGUCCUUGCCUUUAACCUCACCGAAGGCCGUCAUCACAAGCUACGAGAUAUGAAGCCGCCCGACGUCAGCACCAAGCUCAAGCUCAUGGGCGUCGAUGUCGCUUCUUUUGGAGACUUCUUUGCGGACCAGGGAAACAUCAGCAGGCCUUUUCCAGCCACCUCCGGCAGCUGCAAGGGCGAAUCGUUGAUUCCCGCUCCGGAACAUGUGAAGGAAAGGGUCAAGGCCCUCACCUACCGAGACCCCUUUUCGGACGUGUACAAGAAAUACAUCUUCACAAGUGACGGCAAGUACAUCCUGGGCGGCAUGAUGGUCGGUGAUGUUCGGGACUUUGUCAAACUCGUCGCUCUCUGCAAUAGGGGGGCGCCGAUCGAUAAGCCUCCCGCUGAAUUCAUCAUCGGUGCCAAAAAGGAGGGCGAGAAUGAAGGUGACGACCUGCCUGACGAUGCUCAGAUCUGCAGUUGUCACAAUGUGACCAAAGGUGAUGUUGUCAGGGGCGUCAAGGCGGGCGGUAUCCGUUCGUUGGGCGAGCUGAAGUCGUCGACAAAGUGCGGCACCGGUUGCGGAGGCUGCGUGCCCUUGGCCACCAGCAUCCUCCGCGGUGCGCUCAAGGACGCCGGCGUCGAGAUAUCCAACCAUCUCUGCAAGGACUUUGCUUGCUCCCGGCAGGAGCUCUACCAGAUAGCCAAAUUCAAGAGGCUGAAAGACUUCGCGAGGGUCAUGCGGACCGCUGGAAAGAAACCCGACAGCCUCGGUUGCGAGGUUUGCCGACCAGCCGUCGGUUCCAUCCUCAGCUCGCUAUACAAUGAGUGGAUAAUGCGGCCUUUGUUGCGUCAGACGCAGGACACCAACGAUCGAUACCUCGCCAACGUACAGCGAGACGGCACUUAUUCCGUCGUCCCCCGUCUUCCAGCUGGUGAGGUGACGCCGGCUGGCCUCAAGGCCAUCGGAGAGAUCGCGUCCGAGUUUGGCCUGUACACCAAAAUCACCGGUGGGCAGCGCAUCGACAUGUUCGGCGCCAAGAAGCAGGACCUGCCUCGGAUUUGGGAGAAGCUCGUCCACGCUGGCUUCGAGAGCGGCCACGCGUAUGGCAAAGCUCUCCGGACCGUCAAGUCGUGUGUUGGCAGUACCUGGUGCCGGUUUGGUGUUGGCGACUCGGUCGGCCUCGCCGUCGAGCUCGAGCACCGCUACAAAGGUCUCCGGGCGCCUCACAAGCUCAAGGGAGGAGUCUCUGGCUGUGUCCGAGAAUGCGCCGAGGCGCAGGGCAAAGACUUUGGUCUCAUCGCCACUCCCAAGGGCUGGAAUGUCUUUGUUGGCGGCAACGGGGGUGCCAAACCUCGCCAUGCUGAGCUGAUUGCUGAACAUGUCACGCGACGCGAGGCAAUCAAGAUCCUCGAUCGGUUCCUCAUCUUCUACAUCCGGUCGGCCGACAAGCUCGAGCGUACGGCUCGGUGGAUCGAGAGGUAUCCCGGCGGUGUCAAGGGACUUCAACAUGUCAUUGUCGGCGACAAGCUGGGCAUCUGCGCCGAACUUGAGCAGGAGAUGGAAGCACUCGUCGGUCUCUAUCACUGCGAGUGGGCCAACGUGGUCAACCACCCGGAGCGCCAGAGGGCGUUCAACCAGUUUGCCAACACGGACGAGACGCAGAACGCCUCGGAACGUGUCACCGAACGAAGGCAGCAACGUCCCGCCGACUGGCCCGCCGACAGCGCCCCGCUACACUUCAGCGUGCUCGAUGUUGCCAAGGAUGCCAGGUGGGACUGGCGACGGGUCUGUAAGCUCUCCGAUCUGGACCGUCAGGCAGACGCGCCCACUUCAAUCACCGUAAAGUACGGCCAUGUACAGCUGGCCGUUUGGAACAUCCCGGGCCGUGGCCUGCGCGCGGCUCAAAACAUGUGCCCUCACCGAAAGGCCUUUGUACUGGCAGAUGGGCUGGUCGGCGAGGACGAGCUGGGUCGCGAGUAUAUAUCUUGCCCACUACACAAGCGGAACUUCCUGUUGGGCGCCAGCGCCACCCAAGGAGGCGGACGCUGCUCGGACAGUGCCUACUCAAUCAUGACGUUUGAAGCAAAGGCAGAUGAGGGAGAGGAUGUGCUUCUCCGGCUUCCUCCCACCGACGUGCUUGAUGCCGUGCUCUCCACCACAAGGUGGAUGCUUCGAAAGGCCACAGAGGAAACGGAUAUGCUGGCUCAAGGCCCGGGUCAUUCUGUCGAAAUCGCAACACCUCUCCCCGCCGACAAGAUGAAGGGGCACAAUAUUGGCGGUGGGACUUCGUCUCAAACUUCUGCCCUCGACUGGUAG